CACAACAUUGUUAACUGACAGCCGGUCGAAGUGCGUGAAACAAAACACAGGCUUGGGACAAUAAUGUGACUGCAACAGCGAGCAUACAUGGACUUGUGUUAAUAUGGGAAAUACUUCCACAAGGAUAAAAGGAUAUCGUGUCUCCACGAGACUAGGAGGUGGGUGUUUUGGUGUUGUUUAUAAAAUGAAAAGCAAGACCGACGCCAAGGUAUACGCACUUAAAGAAAUUUACAGAGGCAAAAGUCCCAACGGAUUGGACUCGCUACACAGGGAGGUUAACAUCCACGAGCAGCUACCAUACCACAGAAACAUCGUGAGAUUCAUUGAAUGCUUCAAACAAGAGUUCAAGCUCUAUAUCGUGUUGGAGUUUUGUUCUCUUGGAACGCUGAACGACUAUAUCAUUACGAACGAUGUGUCUGAUAAGACACUCCUGUAUAUUAUGUUUGACAUAGCAAGAGGCUUGCAACAUAUCCACAGACACAAUAUAGUUCACCGUGACAUUAAACCAGAUAACGUAUUGCUAUCAGCUGGCAAGUUUGGAAUUCCAACGUGCAAGAUCUGUGACUUCGGCUUGGCUAGAUAUUGUGAUAAGGGUGGAGUAAUAGGACAACAGUGUGACGACGACCCACCAGCAUCGGAUGACGGACCAAUGAUGUACAUGGCUCCAGAAGUCACCUGUGGAUUUUAUACUUUAGCUUGUGAUGUAUUCUCACUGGGCAUGUUGUAUUUCGUAAUGUACUCGCGUCACGUGACUGAGUUUAAAGGUCGGAAAGUCCUCGAACCUCACGCUCACGGAUAUCCUAUGUUUACAGCCCCAGACAGCGUUGUUGAAACUGAGAUCGACCGAUAUGUGCGAGGUCAGCUUAACCGGGAUAUGAUUAUUUCAAUGUUGAAGAAGACGCCAAGCGAUCGGUGCACUAUUACCGCUGUGCUGGAGACGCUGUAUGCGAUAUUUGCAUGUGCUAUUUCGGCUGACAAAGACGCUAACACCACGUGCCGUGUUUCAAAUGGACAUAUUGAGUAGGCCUUUAUCCCAACAGCUGUGUCGCGUAUUAUACGUACAUAAUGUGAAAUACAAACGCAUCGUUACGCAAGGUUUUACGAUCGAAGUAUUUAAAGAUCGUUCACUUAUGUAUCCUUAUGUUCAAGUGGAAUGGGACUUCUGUGAGCAUAUGAAUGCAUAUAUGUUACAUAACUGCGGUGUAUUUGUCAUGAAUGUAAGUACAUGCCAUAUGGCCAGUGUGGAGAAUAUGGUUAUAUAGAUUUGUCUUAUGGCUUAUGAAUGGGUUUAUGGUUGAAUGCCACAUAGCUGGAAUAUUGCUGAGUGCGGCGUAAAACUAGACUCACUCACUUAUGGGUGAAUGUGUUUCACGCUCUUAUGAUAUUGUUUACCGGUUGCAAUAUCUCCUUGAACUAAAGUGUGAGCUUUUGUGAA